GUUGACGUCACACGUCACCGGUCCAUACAAAAGGGCGACGCCAUUUUAAAUGUUUGAUUGUGGCUAGCUGUCAGUUUAGAGAAAAAAAUUGUCAUUUUAUUGAAAACCCAAAAAACGUUUUGAUAAGUAGAUUGGAAAGUGUAUAAAUUUUAUUUUGUGUUUUGUUGCAAAAUAAAAGCAACAUGACGCAGCAACUGUUACCGAUCAAGUUUCAAGAACAUUUGCAGCUUACCAAUGCAGGCAUCAAUGCAACAAACAUCACAUUUGCCACUCUCACCAUGGAGAGUGACAAAUACAUUUGCGUCAGAGAAAAGGUCGGCGAAACAUCGCAGGUCGUCAUCAUCGACAUGGCCGACACUGCUAAUCCAAUCAGGAGACCAAUUACGGCCGAAAGUGCAAUUAUGAAUCCAGCUUCUAAGGUCAUUGCUCUUAAAGGUAAGGCAGGCGUAGAAACUCAGAAAACUCUUCAAAUUUUCAAUAUAGAAAUGAAAUCCAAAAUGAAAGCGCAUACAAUGUCUGAAGACGUGAUUUUCUGGAAAUGGAUCAGUCCGAACACUUUAGCUCUUGUCACUGAAACGUCUGUUUACCAUUGGUCCAUGGAGGGUGAUUCCACUCCACAGAAGAUGUUUGACAGACACUCUUCUCUCAACGGCUGCCAAAUCAUCAAUUACCGCACAGACCCCAAACAAAACUGGUUACUGCUGGUCGGAAUCAGCGCUCAACAAUCGCGCGUCGUUGGAGCAAUGCAAUUGUACUCAGUGGAGCGGAAGUGCUCUCAACCUAUUGAAGGUCACGCUGCCUCAUUCGCCACAUUCAAGAUGGAUGGAAAUCCGGAAACUUCGACCCUGUUUUGCUUCGCCGUCAGAACCUUACAAGGCGGAAAAUUGCACAUUAUCGAAGUUGGUCAGAGUCCGGCCGGCAAUCAACCGUUCACCAAAAAAACGGUCGACGUUUUCUUUCCACCGGAGGCACAGAACGAUUUUCCCGUGGCCAUGCAAGUGUCUGGAAAGUACGAUGUUAUCUAUUUGAUCACAAAGUACGGGUACAUUCAUAUGUAUGAUAUCGAAAGCGGUACUUGCAUAUAUAUGAAUCGGAUUUCUAGUGAAACUAUUUUUGUGACAGCACCUCACGAGUCAACGGGCGGUAUUAUUGGUGUUAAUAGAAGAGGUCAAGUACUUUCUGUUUCUGUCGAUGAAGAAAACAUAAUUCGGUACAUCAAUACUGUACUACAUAAUCCCGAUUUAGCUUUACGUUUAGCUACUAGAAACAAUUUGGCGGGUGCUGAGGAACUUUUCGUCAGCAAAUUCCAAUUGCUGUUCCAAAAUGGACAGUACGCCGAGGCCGCCAAAGUUGCUGCUAAUGCUCCUAAAGGAAUCCUAAGAACUCCAGCUACAAUCCAAAUGUUCCAACAAGUACCUACACAACCAGGUCAAAAUAGCCCACUUUUGCAAUAUUUUGGUAUAUUGCUUGACCAAGGUCAACUUAAUAGAUACGAAUCUUUGGAACUGUGCAAACCGGUUUUGCUGCAAGGACGCAAACAGCUGCUAGAAAAAUGGUUGAAAGAAGAAAAAUUAGAAUGCUCUGAAGAAUUAGGUGACCUUGUAAAACAAGCUGAUCCUACAUUAGCGUUGUCUGUGUACCUUAGGGCUAAUGUCCCGGCAAAAGUAAUUCAAAGCUUUGCCGAAACCGGCCAAUUCCAAAAAAUCGUCCUGUAUGCCAAAAAAGUGUCUUAUACUCCCGAUUAUGUAUUCCUCUUGAGACAAGUCAUGCGUACUAAUCCCGAUCAAGGUGCAGCUUUCGCGGGAAUGUUAGUAGCCGACGAAGAACCGUUAGCCGAUAUUAACCAAAUUGUAGACAUCUUCAUGGAGCAAAACAUGGUCCAACAGUGUACUGCUUUCUUACUAGACGCUUUGAAGAACAACAGGCCUACUGAGGGUCAUUUGCAAACGAGGUUACUGGAAAUGAAUUUGAUGUCAGCCCCGCAAGUGGCGGACGCCAUUCUCGGAAACAACAUGUUCACCCACUACGACAGGCCGCACGUCGCUCAGCUCUGCGAAAAAGCCGGCCUUUUACAAAGAGCUCUCGAACAUUACACGGACUUGUACGACAUCAAACGGGCCGUCGUCCAUACACAUUUGUUACCGGCUGAUUGGUUGGUCAAUUUCUUUGGAACGUUGAGCGUCGAAGAUAGCUUGGAAUGCCUCAGAGCCAUGUUAACUGCUAACAUUAGACAGAAUUUGCAAAUUUGCGUCCAGAUCGCUACUAAAUACCAUGAGCAGCUCACUACCAAGGCUUUGAUUGAUCUGUUUGAGAGUUUUAAGAGCUAUGAAGGUUUGUUCUAUUUCCUCGGUUCGAUCGUAAACUUCUCCCAAGACCAGGAAGUCCACUUCAAGUACAUUCAAGCUGCAUGCAAAACGGGCCAGAUCAAAGAAGUGGAACGCAUUUGCCGCGAAUCAAAUUGUUAUAACGCCGAACGAGUGAAGAACUUCUUGAAGGAAGCCAAACUGACCGACCAACUUCCGCUGAUCAUCGUUUGCGAUCGUUUCGACUUCGUACACGAUUUAGUUUUAUAUCUAUACAGAAAUUCGUUACAGAAAUACAUUGAGAUUUACGUGCAGAAGGUUAAUCCGAGUCGUUUGCCGGUCGUCGUCGGAGGUCUUUUAGAUGUUGAUUGUUCCGAGGACAUUAUUAAGAAUCUAAUAUUAGUGGUUAGAGGCCAGUUUUCGACUGACGAACUUGUAGAGGAAGUAGAGAAGCGAAACAGAUUAAAAUUGUUACUUCCGUGGCUCGAAAGUCGAGUUCAUGAAGGCUGCGUCGAACCGGCUACACACAAUGCAUUGGCAAAGAUUUACAUCGAUUCCAACAACAAUGCUGAAAGAUUCUUGAAAGAAAAUCAAUGGUACGAUUCUCGUGUGGUAGGACGUUACUGCGAAAAACGUGACCCGCAUUUGGCGUGCGUCGCCUACGAACGAGGUCAAUGUGAUAGAGAACUAAUUGCAGUAUGUAAUGAAAACUCUUUGUUCAAAUCUGAAGCGCGUUACUUAGUUCGUAGACGUGACGGCGAUUUAUGGGCCGAAGUACUUCAAGAAACCAAUCCCUACAGACGGCAGUUGAUUGACCAAGUCGUUCAAACGGCCCUCAACGAAACUCAAGAUCCUGAAGAUAUUUCUGUCACUGUAAAAGCUUUCAUGACAGCAGAUCUACCAAACGAAUUAAUUGAACUAUUAGAAAAGAUCGUCUUGGAUAGUUCUGUAUUCUCGGAACACAGAAAUCUACAGAACUUGCUUAUCCUUACAGCAAUCAAGGCUGAUGCCACUAGAGUUAUGGAUUACAUCAAUCGCUUGGACAAUUACGACGCCCCUGACAUUGCCAAUAUUGCUAUAAAUAGUCAUUUGUAUGAAGAAGCUUUUGCUAUUUUUAAGAAAUUUGACGUCAACACCUCCGCCAUUCAGGUGCUUAUCGAACAGGUGAACAACUUGGAUCGUGCCUACGAAUUUGCAGAACGUUGCAACGAACCUGCCGUAUGGAGUCAGUUAGCCAAAGCUCAGCUCAACCAAGGGUUGGUCAAGGAAGCCAUCGACUCAUAUAUCAAAGCCGACGAUCCUUCAGCUUACAUUGACGUCGUGGAAACAGCUUCCAAGAACAAUAGCUGGGAAGAUCUGGUGCGAUAUUUGCAGAUGGCCAGAAAGAAGGCAAGAGAAAGCUACAUUGAAUCCGAAUUGAUUUAUUCUUAUGCCAAAACUGGCAGAUUGGCUGAUUUAGAAGAGUUCAUCAGUGGUCCAAACCAUGCUGAUAUCCAGAAAAUUGGUGACAGAUGUUUUGACGACAAGAUGUACGACGCUGCCAAACUUCUGUACAACAACGUAUCCAACUUUGCCCGUCUCGCGAUCACUCUUGUCCAUCUAAAGGAAUUCCAGGGCGCCGUCGACAGUGCUAGGAAGGCCAACAGUACCAGAACGUGGAAAGAGGUAUGCUUUGCCUGCGUUGACGCUGAGGAAUUUAGAUUGGCUCAGAUGUGUGGAAUGCACAUUGUUGUGCAUGCUGAUGAAUUACAAGACUUGAUUAACUACUAUCAAGAUAGAGGUUACUUUGAAGAAUUGAUUGGUCUCUUGGAAGCCGCGUUGGGUUUGGAAAGAGCCCAUAUGGGCAUGUUCACAGAACUGGCUAUUUUGUAUUCCAAAUACAAACCUGCUAGAAUGCGUGAACAUCUUGAAUUGUUCUGGUCUCGUGUUAAUAUUCCAAAAGUUCUUAGAGCAGCUGAACAGGCGCACCUAUGGGCAGAACUUGUCUUCUUGUUUGACAAAUACGAAGAAUAUGACAAUGCUGUCUUGGCUAUGAUGGCUCAUCCUACAGAGGCUUGGCGCGAGGGUCACUUUAAAGAUAUUAUUACAAAAGUAGCUAACAUUGAACUGUACUACAAAGCUAUACAGUUCUAUCUCGAUUACAAACCGCUGUUGUUGAAUGAUUUAUUGUUAGUUUUGGCGCCGAGAAUGGAUCAUACUAGAUCCGUCUCUUUCUUUACUAAAACGGGACACUUACAGCUUGUCAAAUCUUAUCUCAGAUCCGUACAAAAUUUGAACAACAAAGCAAUAAACGAGGCUCUAAAUUCACUACUUAUCGAAGAAGAAGACUUCCAGGGUCUUAGAACAUCCAUAGAUGCGUUUGACAACUUCGACAACAUUGGUUUGGCGCAAAGAUUGGAAAAACAUGAGCUGACCGAAUUCAGACGUAUCGCUGCCUAUCUCUACAAAGGAAAUAACCGGUGGAAACAGAGUGUGGAACUGUGCAAGAAAGACAGGCUCUUCAGGGACGCCAUGGAGUAUACGUCAGAGUCCAGAAAUCAAGAAUUGGCCGAAGAACUGCUGGGUUGGUUCUUAGAUAGACAGGCGUAUGAUUGUUUCGCGGCUUGCCUGUUUCAUUGCUAUGAUUUGCUCCGGCCAGACGUAAUUCUAGAAUUAGCAUGGAAACACAAUAUAAUGGACUUUGCAAUGCCUUUCUUAAUUCAAGUAACUAGGGAGUUGACAACAAAAGUAGAAAAAUUAGAACAAUCCGAUGCCCAGCGGCAGAGCGAAGCCGCCGAAGAGACGAACAAACCAAUGAUGAUACCUGAACCCCAACUUAUGUUGACAGCUGGUCCUGGCAUGGGUAUUCCACCUCAACAGUACGUACCCCAACAGACUUAUUCUCAGGUCGGUUACGCACCUCAAAUGGCUUACCAAGGUUAUCCAGGCAUGUAAUAUAAGGCCCCCCUCACAACCAGCUGUAUAGAAAAGUGGAAUUUUGAAUAGUUUUCAAUUUAAACUGAAGGAGCUAGUGCUACAGGACAAUAGUGAACUUGUAAUUAUUAAGUAAAAAAUUUAGGCGUGCAAGUAUUGUUUUCGUUUUUUUUUUUUUUUUUUCAUUCUGUAACAGUUUUGUUUCUUUUACAGAAAAAAGAGCAGUUUUGCUAAUUGUUUGGGUGGCUUGUAUUUUAAGAAUAUUUUAUUCUUAAAAAAGUAUUAUUUUACUUUAAAGCACAGAUAUUAUUUUUAACAGGACUUUUUUGUUAUGAACUGCUCUAUAAAAUAUUCAUAAAAAAAAAGAAACAUACAAACAGUCAACAUUACUUUUUUUUAUUUUAUGAUAGUUGUUUUUAUUUAAAAGUCACUGUCGUUUAAAAAUACGGCGUAUAUGGUGUCCUAGUUUAAAAGAAUUCGUUUGAAAUGGUUUAACAGUUUUAUCUCUUACUCAGAAAUAAUUUUUAGGACACCGUGUAUGUAUUUUAAGGAAAAUAAUGGCGAUAGCAGAUCGAUUCGUUUGUAGUACCUACAUUGUUGUUUUCAAGCCAAAAGUUAUAUGAAUUUAAUCAAAAUUAAAAAAAAAUGCUUAAGCAAAUUCUAGUUAAAUACAAUCACUCUUGUUAAAAAUCGUAUUGUUGUAGUUUUUAAAUCACACAUCUUCAGAUUUUGCUACGUUUCAUUCAACAAGAAACAAUUCAUUUUAUUGGCUUAUUUUUCGGUUUAAAAAUGUAUAUAUUUUUCAUGUACUAGCACCUACUAUAGCAUGUAUAUAAUCUAAACAAAUUGUUUUGAGAUAAUUAUGGUAGGAUUUUUUGUUUUUGUAACCCAUUUAUCAUUCCUUUAUUUAAACAUAGAUAUAUGUAUAUGAAGUGACUAUUUAACUUAUAUUAUUAUAUGAAAUAUAUGAAAGUGAUUCUUCAAUGUUUAACUGAAUUGUUUGUUUUUUAUUCAUUUAU